AAAUUAAGUUCUUGAAAAAUUGACGCUCUCACGCUCCCGCUCCCGCUCUCGCUCUCGUUCCCGCUCCACGAAUCGGUAAGCUAAGUUCUUAUUAUAACUUGGCCCAUUUUUAAUGAAAAACGAACGGUUUUACUCAUAAACAUUAAAAUCAGUUUCUUGAAUUAUUUUUUUUGGAUCAAACGCGGCUCCUUUGUUCUGUUCUGUCUCUCUUAUCUCUACCGAAUCGUUUCUUCAACAUUAGGGUUCGUUUCUUCCUUCGGGGAACUGCAACUGCGAGAGGAAAUUGGCGCCGUUUUCCACUGCAUAAGGUACAGACCCGCCGACACGCAUCUCCGACCCCAGUCGCCAUCGUCUUCGUCAGCAGCAAGCGCAUAUCUGCCUUCUUUAUCAGAGUGUCACGGCUCUCACUAUUGACUUCGGUAACCACCUUAAUCUAGUCCCUGGUGAAUUCGGAUUGGAAUUUUGGUGGUCGGUUCCGUUUUCGUUGAAGUAGUAGUAUUAUGCAGUUUUGUUGAUUGUACGCUACGAAUCGACUAACAUACUGACUCUGCACGGAUAGUAGUUUCUUCGUCAAUUAUAUAAUCUUAACUUCCUUCUGCCAUGGUUGCAUCCGGAAGAGAAUGAAAUUUUCUCUUAUACUUGCCUACCCGUGACCAACAUGUGAACUUAUUCAGUAAUUUCUUUUUAGCCUGAAGCUUAUGAUCAAUUUCGCUAGGAUUUCCUACUCCAUGGCUUGGGGAUGCUUGCAAGAUGCUUAAUUUGAUGGAUUAAUGAUAAUGUAAUGUAAUCAGAACAUAUUAUGUUGAGCAAGUUGGCAUUUUAUAAGGACAUUGUAAAGUGUUGAAUUCGGCACCAGGGAUGUCAUUUAAUGAAAAUAAAUGAGCCGAAAGUGGUGACGGUUCUGCUGUUAAUUGCUGAAGUAGAAGCCUCUCUGUUACAUUGUGUCCAUGCUAACUUCAUGGGGUUUAUUUUGGCAUUGAUAUCUUCGUUUUUAUUAGCAAUCCUUAGUGUUUGAUGAUUAUCUUCUUAUUUGUUGUUGAAGGAUUUUAAUCCGCAAUCCCUGAACUGUAGUUUGGCCUGAGUUCGACAUUGUUUGGACAAAUGGCUGGCACUGGGGAGAAAAGUGAUCAACUUUGUGAGGUCGCUCCUGUUGGCGCCAUUGAAAAGAAGCAGGAAACCCGUGAUGAACUGCUAGCCCGGCAUAGGAAGGAGACUGUAGAGCUGCAGAAUAAAGAAACUGGUCUCAAGAGGGCGGCUGCAAAAGGGAGCAAAGCGGAACAGAAAGCCAAGAAGAAGGCGGUUGAAGAGGAAAUAUCCCGACUCUCUGCUAAACUCAAAGAGAAACAGGCGCAGGAGCUCGCUUCAUUAGGCUAUGUCAACAACACCAAUGACAUCAAUGGCAAAAGCAAACUCGACAAUAUAGUGAUGGCCAUAGCUGGGGUUUCUGUUACCGACCAAUCAGAAAACAAUACAAGGCGGAGCAAAAGUGGGAAGAGGAAGGAUAAACGAGCUCAGCAAGAAGUCGAGAGAGAGAAGAGAAUUCAAGAAGAGCAGAGCAACCUCGUGAGCGAUCGCAUGAUUGAAGACGAGAAGUUGGGAAGGAAACUGGAUCCCCUUGGGUUGACUGUCAAUGAAAUAAAACCAGAUGGUAACUGCCUCUACCGGGCGGUAGAAGAUCAGCUGGCUCUCAUUUCUGGUGGGUCUUCUCCAUAUAACCACCAAGACCUGAGGAAAAUGGUGGCAGAUUACAUGAGGCAGAACUCAUCCGAGUUCCUGCCGUUUUUCCUUUCAGAAAAUGAUGCAGCAGCAGGAGAUGAUUCUGACAGUUCACUGGCAGAUAGGUUCGAGAGCUACUGUGAAGAAGUCGAAUCUACAGCGGCGUGGGGUGGACAACUUGAGUUGGGGGCCUUGACUCACUGCUUGAAGAGGCCUAUCAUGAUAUAUUCAGGAUCCUUCCCUGAUGUGGAGAUGGGACAGGAAUACAAAUCCGGCGGUGGAAAUGGGUUGUCUAGUGGAAAACUCAUAAUGCUGUCGUAUCAUAAGCAUGCAUUCGGGCUCGGGGAGCACUACAAUUCCGUGGUUCCGAACAUGAUCAGCACGGUGUGAAAACCGAUCCAGAUUAAACCGUGCUGCCCAAG